AUGAAUAAGAGUUUAAAUAUUCUCUCGUCGCAUCAUGUGCAAUCCAUUCUCGAGCAGGCACUUUUAAAACAUCCAAUGAUUUCAUCGAAUCAUGAGGAUGUGAAAGCUCAAAAAGUGUCUUCCGAAAAUGAUAUUGUAAAAUUUUAUGAAUUUAAUUUUUCUUUUUUUGCAGAAUCGGAAGGAGUGAUUAAUUCGGUCUAUUUCAUUUGGAUGAGAGAAGUGUUAGAGUCUUUCAAUUUUUCAGCAGACUUGUUCAUUCCAGUUUCAAAUUCGACGUCGUUGGUGAAAUUUAACAAUAAUUUCACACGACCCAAUACGAAUGAUACUCAAGAAAAUUCUCACGUUUUAGAAUUUGUUUUAAAAGUGAAUACUUUGGGAGAUGCUUGGAAACGAGCAAAAACUGUGAAUGAAAUUACGUUAUUACAAUUUCUAUAUAAGGAAAAACAUAAUUUUGAAUAUAUUCGAGUUCCGCGUUUAUGGGAUUUUGAUCUCGACGGAACACUAUGUGGCUACGAAUAUCUUUUAAUGGAAAAAUUACAAGGAAUUUCAAUGAGUGAACACAGUCAAGUCAUUGAUGUUGAUGAACGAAAAUUUUGGAUUGAACAAAUUGCUCAUUAUUUAAUGGAAAUGAAAGAACGAGUGGCUUCCAAGUUGUGUGUGGAAAGAAUUGGUUGGGAUACCACUCAUGAAGAAAAUCGAACAAGUUUUGAAUUGAAAUUUGUGGAAAAUGAGAACCAAACUGUGAAAUGGUUUGGUGGAAGUUUUUUGAACAUGAUGAAUGUGAGAGUAGAACACAAUGAAAAAUACAUGAUUGGUGUGACUCUUUGUCCGUAUGUGGAUAGUAAGAAAGGACCAUUUGCAAAUUAUGUCGAUUAUUUAAAAUCUCUUAUUGAAUUUAGAAUUCCAAUUUUUCAACGAAUAGAAAAUGGAAGAUUUAAAAAAUACAUUCCAUUCAUGAAGAAGUAUAUUGAGAAAUAUUUGAAUGAAGAUUUUCGAGAGAGGGUAGAAACGGAAAAUCUUUCAACUUUUAUCAGUCAUGGCGAUCUCUCCAUGAGUAAUGUCAUGAUUUGUCCCAAGAGCAAGAAAAUUACUGGAAUUAUUGAUUAUGAAUGGGCUCGUCUCUCUGUGAUUGAGGAAGAUUAUCGAACCAUUCUCCAAGAUUGGUGUAUUGGUGUGACUGAUUUGGAACACCGUUUCACUUCUCUUCUUAAACCCUACUUGUCGAACAUGUAUGAAGAAAUUUUGCAACAUUUUCACUUUAUUGACUUGCUAAGUAAUAUUGAAAACUUUAGACAGUUCUGUUUAAACGAUGAGAACGAAGCAGAACACUUUGUACAGACUGUCACGAAAGAAUUGGAUGAAAUGUGCUUGAAAAUACUGUGA